UUUUAGAGCUUUUGUUGGACACAGAUUGGCCAAUGCAGUUCAUUAAAAAAGGCUUCCCAUGAAGGAUCACAGGGGGAGGCUUUAUAUUGCUACUGCCGUUCAGAGACACAAACCUCAGAUUAGAUUCAGCUCUGUCUGCAGAGCAGAGUCGACUCAGAGAAAAGACUCUUGUCUGCCCAAAUACACAAACACAGGAGCUAUUACAGUGUAUGCUUUAUUAAUUGCUGAGGAGGACGUCAGCAUACCUGAGGACGUGAGACCAGUUUGAACUUCACGGAUGGCUCCUUGCACCCAGUUGGUCCUGCUGCUACAGCUCCUCAGCUGCAUAUCAGUGGGCCUGGCCUGUUUCUGUGAGCGGUACCCCUGGGGGUCCUGGUCCGCCUGCUCCAGCACAUGCAACUACGGUACACAGCACAGAAAAAGGAAUUUUCAGUGUGAUGAUUAUUACUGGAAGAGCAGCUGCAAGCAGCUGUGUGAGAGCCAGGACAGAUCCUGUAACGAGCAGAGCUGUCCAAUCAACUGCCUGCUGACAGAGUUUGGCCCUUGGUCUGACUGCUCGCCCUGUGCCAGGAAAAAGUUUCGGACACGGGGUGUCCAGAGGCCGUCCCAGUUUGGUGGCUCAGCCUGUAGUGUAGAGCUGACAGAGGAGAGACCCUGUAUCCCCACCAAGGAGUGCAUGUUACCACCUAUCGACUGCAAAGACAAAUUUAAGUGUAAUAAUGGACGCUGCAUCAAUCAGACACUGACAUGCAACAGGCAGAAUGACUGUGGAGAUAACUCUGAUGAGAGGGACUGUGUUGACUUCAAAGUUGUGUGUCCAGCGGAGAAGAGGGUGGCCCCCGGGGCUGACCUGGUGGGAAAUGGGUUUGAUGCUCUGGCAGAAGAGCCGAGGGGAGCAGUACUGGACAACAUGUUCAUGGGAGAAAAUUGCGACAUCAGCAGGCCUAGUAGCACACUGCUCUACCACCGAAUCCCUCACAACUUUGAGACCUUUAACAUUACGGUUAGCACUCCGGAAGACUUCAGUACCGAGCCCCAGGAGCUGCACACCGAGCCCGUCGAUUUCAAGACUUCAUCUUCGUCUGAAAACAGCGGUGGACAUGGAUAUGGACAUGGGUUUUUCUUCAUUUUCUUCCCCUUUUUUUACGUCGCUGGGGGAUUUAAGACACAAACCAUCUCUAACAAGGAGGCUUUUGAGGCUUCAAAGAAAAUAGAUUCCAAGUUUUUCCGGGUACACCAAGUUCUGCCCAUGUCCACAUACAAGGUGAAGGACCAGGAGGACCUUGUCCUGUCACUGCCUUUCCUCCAGUUUCUUCACGCUCUACCUCUUGAUUACAGCUAUGCACUAUAUAGGGACAUCUUCCAGCGCUUCGGGACUCACUACUAUCAUUCAGGAACACUGGGAGGCAUCUAUGACCUGUUGUACCAGUACAACAGAGAGGAACUAAAAAGUUCAGGUCAAACAGAGAACCAUUUCAUGGAGUGUCUGGGCAGAGAGACUACCUGGUCUGUCAUCAUCUACACCCAGCACCGCAGUGCAACUCGGUGCUCCAACAACAGGGUUACUGAGAAAUAUGAAGGCUCGUUCAUUCAGGCAUCAGAGAAGUCUUUCUCAAUGGUGCAAGGAGGUCGAGCCAGAGAGGCAGCAGCUUUGGCCUGGGAGAGGCAGGGCUCAGCUCCAGACCAAACUGCCUUCAAGAACUGGGCCAAAUCUGUUCUUGAUAACCCUUCUGUGGUCGAGAGCAAGGUGCUGCCCAUCAUUGAUCUGGUUCGGGGGAUCCCAUGUGCUGUCACAAAGAGGAGACACCUUAGGAAGGCCCUCCUGCAGUACUUGGAUGAGUUUGAUUCCUGCAAGUGUGCUCCCUGCCCCAACAACGGCAAGCCUGUUCUCUCCGGGACGGAAUGCAAGUGUCUUUGUCAAACAGGCACAUAUGGCACCAACUGUGAGAAACGAGCUCCUGACUUCACCUCAGAAAAAGUGGAUGGUUACUGGAGCUGCUGGGGGCCGUGGAGUAACUGUGGAUCCUCAAUGAAGAGACAUCGAACGAGGCAGUGUAAUAAUCCCCCCCCCCUCAGAGGAGGAGAACCCUGCAAGGGAGAUAACAGACACGAGGAACCAUGUCACAUCUCAAUCUUCACAAAACAGGAGACCUGUGACAAUGAUGAUGACUUCACUGAGGGCUGGACUGAGGAGCUGCCUCCUGGUGUGCAGGGCUGCGUGAGGCCUAAGAGUCCUGACAACAGCUUCCUCCGGAAAGCAAAGCAGUAUUAUAACUAUGGUGAGGACGAGGAGUUCACGUGCUACACUGGAUUUGACCUGGAGGGCUUUCAGUACAUCAACUGUCUUCCUGAUGGGACAUGGACUCAACCAAGUGGACGAUGCAUCAGGAACGUGUGCCUUCCUCCUGACAUCCCUGAUAGCAUGGUGCUGGACCCCAACAAAGAUGAGUACAGAGUAGAGGAAUCAGUGGGUUUGAACUGUAAGGAGCCUGGCAAGGUGCCAGAGCCUCAAGGCUCCUACAAAUGCGGCAACAGUUUCACCUGGGAGCCUCCAUUACCUGCAGACCUACACUGCACUGACGUGGAGCCAUUUGUUCCUGACAGUCGGUGCCGUCCAGGAGAGAAACUACAGGGCACGGAAUGUGUCUGCAUUCAACGGGAGAGCUGCAUUGCACAGCUGGAGAAUCUCUGUAUCCUGAACGUAGACCUGGGCGUCACCGUGCCGAUGUCCCUCUGCUCCUUCCAUGCCGGGCUGUGCCACAAUGACCCGCUCUUCUAUGUCGGCGAGGGCCCGUGUGAUGCAGACGAUUUGAACCAGCUGGAGUGGGCCACGUUCAGAGCCAAAAUGUCCAAUAAGAGUUCCAUUCAGGAGCCCUGUGGUGUUGACACUUGUUAUGAAUGGGAAACCUGCUCUGUAUCUAAGACGUGUGAGUGCAGAGCUGCUCGGAAUUGCCCCAGACUGCGAGACCACACGUUCUGUGUGAAGCUGACCAAGUCCCAGAGGAUUCGAACAAUGGACCUGUGCUCUAUGGCCGCCCUCAAAUGUGCCAGCUAUGAGCUUGAGAUUCUCAAUGAAGGUGAAUGUAAGUCCAGAUAAUCGUUAUAAAAUGCAGUUAAACCUCUGACUUCAUCUUUCCUUUUCAAGUGUAUCAUCCACUAGAACUAGUAAAUUAGAGACAUUAUAGACAGUAGCACUCCUGCUCUAUGUUAUUAUUCUAAAAAGCAUAUUAUUAAAGGAAACUUGACUGGCAAGCAGGUGUACUGGGGUUUAAGCACUCUACAUAAUUCACAGCCACCAAGUUCACCAAGUGAUGCCAUCACUAGAUCGAUCUGAGACAGGUGGUUUAUAGGGUGCACUUGUGUGUUUGGAUGCUCUGCAGUGCAUUCGGUGCACUUUCAGGGCCUGUUUUAUGAAAAGCCACUAGAUGGCAGCAGGUGACCAUGGACCACAAACUUCUGUUUUACGUCAGACUGUUUUUUAAAAAAGUGUGUUUUCAGUGUUUCACCAAGUUUGAUAUGAAAUACUGAAUGUGAUGCCAAGAUGUAUCAUAAUACCACAUAAUCAGACAGAUUUGCACCAAAUUUGGUCAAAUCUGGGAUGUGAUAUUUACAUGUGGGCUGUUCAUAUAACAUUUGUGUCACCAGGAGAAUGUAUUGGGGAGCUGAAAGAUGUCACCAAAUUCUGUGAAGCAAAGCUGAUAGUCCAGUCUCCAGGAUAAAAUGUUGGCAGUUAAUGUGUCUGCACACCACUCAUAUGUUCACAUGACAGGUUCAUGACCAAACUCUCAUGUCAUCUCAUUUGUAAGCAUUCCAGAGCAGACAAAAUACUGCGCACAUGUAUUUUAUGAGCCACUUGUGGAAGAGAGGGAACUAUAGACCAAAAGCUGCAAGCAAAAUCCUGCACAUUGUCUGAUUCAAAGAAAUACAUGUAUAUACACGUAGGAAACCUAUUCAUAUGUUUGACAAGAGACCACAGCGUUUCAAUAUUUGUAACCACAUUUGUCCACUUGUUGUGACAGAAAAUGAUAUUUAAGGCCAAAACAUGAUCUUUUCCUAACCCUAAUCAAGUGGUUUCUGUACCCUAGCCUAACAAGACCAUGAGCACAAUGUUGGCAACAUAAUAUUGAGAUUUGUUGAAGUUCUGAACAUAUUUUCUAACAUUUAUUCUGGCGACUGGGUUGAUCCUGAUAUCCUGGAGGAUGAGGUGGAUAAAAAAACAAAAUCUGGUGACAUUUGAGCAGCAAUUUAACAUAAAACAACCCUGAGAUAACAGGAAAAAUUUGUUAUAGUGCCACAUAUGUUGGAUUUGUAAUAAGGGUCGGUUUCCUUUGUGACAUCAUAAGUUUUUUCAUUUUUGACACCAAAAGCUGAUUUGACAUAUUUUGCUGGUGAUGCGCCGCCCCCCAGCUGGCCACCAAUGUCCCAAGACAUGGACACUUGGCUGAAUGUCUGCUGAACGUCAGGUGACAAAAAUUAAAUAAAUAUCCGACAUUGAGAUUUUGUUGGUUUUAAGUUGGUCUAAAUGUUGGAGGGUUGGUGUCAACUCAGUGUUUGGUUUUGUUGGAUAUCUGAUUUUAAAGUCUGACCAUAAUUUAACAUCACUUCAACGCUGGACAUUUUUCCAACUAAACCUGAUGUUACACAGACAUGCAGUGCCGGCUGGAUGGAUUAGCAGCUAAUCGAUUAACAUGUGAUGGACAGUUUCAUGAAUGCUGAUGUCUUUGAUUUUGUGAAUACUGUUCAAAGAAAACACAGCUAUGGUAUUUCUAAAGGUUCAUAGUGUGUUGAUGUAAAAAACCUACAGAAAUUGUCCUGUCUGUUGGCCUGACUUUUGAAGGAUGGAGGAGUGAGUCAAGUGGAAUUACAGUCACAGAGUGGAACAUUUACACUUGCUUGAUGUGCUUCAUGUGUAACAAUAAAAACAAAAUCAUAACAUGG